UCUACCAGCUGUCGUGAGACAGCCCUUCGUUGUCUUCUCAGUGCCGGGCGGACGAGGAAGAGAGAACGUCGCGCCAGUGACGUAGCGGCCUGUAUCUCCGCCAUUUUAGCUGUGGAAGGAGAGGCGGCAACUUCGGAAAAGCGGAGGGGUUGCGACCGUGUAAUGCUGAGGCUGGGAGGGCGUGGGCUCUGGCUGGGCCUGAUCGCGGCGGCGGCGGCGGCGGCGGCGGCGGCGGCGGCGGCGGCGACGGCGAUGGCGAUGGCUGCACAGCUGUUGGGCUGGUGGCAACCUCGCGCUGGCUUUCGCCUUUUCAUACCCGAGGAGCUGGCCCGCUACCGCGGCGGCCCUGGGGAUCCGGGCCUCUACCUGGUUUUGCUGGGCCGCGUCUACGAUGUGCCCUAUGGCCGGAAGCACUACGAGCCUGGGUCCCACUAUAGCGGCUUCGCAGGCUGAGUCGCCUCCAGAGCGUUUGUGACUGGGGACUACUCUGAAGCAGGCCUUGUGGAUGAUGUAUGUGACCUGUCAUUUUCUGAGAUGCUGACACUUCAAAAUUGGCUUUCAUUCUAUGAGAAGAAUUAUGAAUUUGUUGCUACUACCUGUGAGGGCCGCUCGCACUUCAGAACUCAGAGAUGAAAGUCCCUGCACCUUGGAGAACUGACCACUUGCUGGCUGCUGCCAUCGCUUAGAGUCUUAAACAUUGUGACAGGAAGGGUGAUAAGAAGGUUCUACAGAGAGGAUGGGCUGCCUACUCCAGAACUGAUGCAGGUAGAAGCUGUGAUUGCCAAAGGCUUGGAGGCAAGUAAACAGGAUCUGAAAGAGAAGCAGAAGUUUCCACCAUGCAAUGCUGAGUGGAGCUCAACCAAGGGCAGCCGGUUCUGGUGUUCCCAAAAGAGUGGAGGAGUAAGCAGAGACUGGAUCGGCGUCCCCAGAAAGCUGUAUAAACCUGGUGCCAAGGAGCCCCCACUGCGUGUGUGUGAGAACAGCUGGUUCCCCUAGUGACCAGAUGCUGGACAACCCUACACACAGAAAUCGUGGGGACUUGGACCGCCCCAACUUGGAGUUUGUAGGCUGCCCACGCCUAGCCACCACAUGCUCCUUCCCACUCUCAGCUGGUGCCCUUUAUGCUGAUGACCUACAGAGAACCCUGCCUAGAACCUGAUGCCUCUGAACAAAGCAGUGACUUAAAACUCCAAAGAAACAAUGCUGCUACGUAAGCACGCGUCAUGGUCCUAUUUGAUGCCGUCAUCCCACAGUGAGCACCAGCUGCACAGCCUGGAAGCCAAGAUAAAAGAAGCCUAGGUGGAGAUCAAGGCUCUCCUGCCUCCCAAGACUUUCCCUUCACUUCGUGCCUACAAAGAAGAUUAGCACAAUACUGUUCAAGACACCAGGGGGGACAUGAACUAGGAGUGGUAGUGGGCCCACCGCAUGUUGACCCCCAUGCAGGGACCCACUCAGGGAGAAGAGUGAGGAAGCUGAACAGGGUGGUCAGAAGUGACUCAGGGCUCUGAGGUAGAGGACUAACAGUCACACAGACCCCACUCCUGGAGAGAAUACGGCAGGCGAACUGAGCCGUCGGAUCCAGCCUCAACUAAACUGGUAACUGGGGGUUGACUGCACAGGCAAUAAGCUCCAAGUGGAACAUACAUCUUCUAAUGCAUCAUUCAGUGAGACAUCACUAAAAUGAAAACUGAAAAUCAAAACUCCUAAGUGUAGGCACUUAAGUUUGUGGGAAAUUCCUGUGUUAGAGAUAAUAGUAAGUUCGUUUUAGCCAUUUGAUUUAUAUAUAACACAUGGUUUGUACCUUUGUCUUAAAAAAAAAAGACUUAGGAAUACACUG